GCGGCGGCCGGAGCCGCGCAGGAAGCCGGGACCGGAACCUCGGCAGGCCCGGCCCCACCCCGCUCACCUGCGCAGGUAACCCGGGCCCCGGAGCGCGAGGCGGGGACGGAGCGGGCUCGGAGCAUGUCUGGCCCUUUGUUCUGUGCUGCGGUGUGGGUCCGGGUCGCCAGCACCCUCGGAGCCCAGAGGCCCGCAGCGUGAAGGUGAGCCCCGUGGGGAGGAGGGCGACGGCCCCGGGGAGGACGAUGGCCUGCGUCCGCUCGUCUCGGGCCCGCGCCCCAGCGCUGGCCGUGUGGCUCCUGUGCGCGCUCCACCUCGCGGGCACCCAGGCCGGGCCGCCCCCGGGAGCCGCCUGCCUGGACCGCUUUACCGCCGGGGUGCCCGCCUUCGUGCUCGAUACCGAGGCCUCGGUGAGCAACGGGGCCACCUUCCUGGGCUCCCCGACCGUGCGCCGCGGCUGGGACUGCGUGCGCGCCUGCUGCACCACCCAGAGCUGCAACCUGGCGCUGGUGGAGCUGCAGCCCGACGGCGGGGAGGACGCCAUUGCCGCCUGCUUCUUGAUGAACUGCCUCUACGAGCAGAACUUCGUGUGCAAGUUCGCGCCCAGGGAGGGCUUCAUCAACUACCUCACGCGAGAGGUUUACCGCUCCUACCGCGAGCUGCGGACCCAGGGCUUCGGCGGGUCCCGGAUUCCCAAGUCCUGGGCAGGCGUAGACUUGAAGGUACAGCCCCAGGAACCCCUGGUGCUGAAGGGUGUGGAGAACACAGAUUGGUACCUCCUGCAGGGUGACACGGAUGUCAGAAUAGAGAAGAGUGAGCCGGACCAGGUGAAGCUGUGGGGACUCAAGGAAGGCACCUACCGGUUCCAGCUGACAGGGGCUGACUCAGACAAGCCAGAGAGCACGGCCAACGUCACAGUUACUGUGCUGUCCGCCAAGCAGACAGAAGAAUAUUGCCUCGCAUCCAACAAGGUGGGCCGCUGCCGCGGCUCCUUCCCCCGCUGGUACUACGACCCCAAAGAACAGAUUUGCAAGAGUUUCGUUUACGGAGGUUGCUUGGGCAAUAAGAACAACUAUCUUCGGGAAGAGGAGUGCAAGCUAGCCUGCCGGGAUGUGCAAGGCCCCUCCAUGGAUAGGCACCGUCCAGUGUGCUCUGGCACCUGUCACCCCACUGAGUUCCGCUGCCGCAACGGCUGCUGCAUCGACAGCUUCCUGGAGUGUGACGACACUCCCGACUGCCCUGAUGCCUCCGAUGAGGCCACCUGUGAGAAAUACACCAGUGGCUUCGAGGAGCUCCAGAACAUCCACUUCCCUAGUGACAAAGGGCACUGUGUGGACCUGCCAGACACAGGCCUCUGCUUAGAGAACAUCCCACGCUGGUACUACAACCCCUUCAGUGAACGCUGCGCCCGUUUUACCUAUGGUGGUUGUUAUGGCAACAAGAACAAUUUUGAGGAGGAGCAGCAGUGUCUUGCAUCCUGUCGUGGCAUCUCCAAGAAGGAUGUUUUCGGCCUGCGGCGCGAAAGCCCUGUUCCCAACAUAGGCUCUGUGGAAGUGGUCAUUGCAGUGCUCCUGGUCACCUGCAUCGUGGUGGUGGUGGUCAUAUUGGGUUACUGCUUCUUCAAGAACCAGAGAAAGAGCUUCUACAGACACCGCCACAGCCACCACCACCACCCCCAACCGCCUACCCCUGCCAGCUCCACAGUCUCCACCACAGAGGACACGGAGCACCUGGUCUAUAACCACACAACUCGGCCCCUCUGAAGCUAGGGCUGCCUUGGCCCUUCAACCUAAGGCUCUCACAGGCUCUUUCCAGCUCUUGCCUAGCCCUCUGCUUCCUCCUUGCCAAGAUGGAAGCCUGGGCUAGGGAAGACUUUGGGACCAGACUCCUCCAGCCUGGGAGAUGUCUUAACUAAGCUUAGGCUUCUCGUUCCUGAGAAAGCUCCAGGGUCUGGGAGGAACAGAAAACCUUUGAGCCCAGGGUUCCAUGCACAGAUGGACCUGUCUGCCUAGGAUUUCAGAAGAAGUUGGAGUUUGUUUCUUGUUCAAAGCUGCCUGUCCCCACCCUGUGGCGUCAGGAAGGGGCUUGGAACAAUGUCAGAAGCUGAAGGACCCCCAGUCCUGCCCUUCAAAGCUGGUCCUCCCACCCUGCAUGGUCCAGGGCGGGGGAGUGGGGGGAGGACCUCCCUGUAUAUUUUGUGCUGUAUAGAGUUGCUUUUUUGUUUAUUUAAUGCCAUGGGGAUGGAUAAGAGGAGUGGGAAGAGGCAGCCUCUUCCCUUGGCCCAAGAGUGAGGCCUGGUCUGGUCUGGCCUAGCCUGCGGUGCCUGAUGUGCUGUAUCCUCCCCACAUGCCCCAGGGCUCUCAGGUAUCAUACCCCUCCCGUUCCCCUGCCUUCCACAGGCCCCAGUACACCCACAGUGUAAUAAAAUGGUUGGUUCUGUGAGG